GUUUAAUGUAUUUUGACAAGUAACUUAUAAACAGAAUGAUUGGAAUGCGGAUGAACGCAUUUAAUGAUACUGGGCUUGGUGAACCAGAGCAAGAUGCGAAUACAGCUCUCAUAGAAUUAGACAAAGGUCUACGUUCCACAAAAAUUGGAGAACAAUGUGAAGCUAUAGUGCGAUUUCCUCGGCUAUUUGAGAAAUAUCCUUUUCCUAUACUAAUAAAUUCUUCCUUAUUAAAAUUAGCUGAAGUUUUUCGCACUGGCAGUAAUUUUUUACGUGUUUGGGUUCUUAGAGUGUGUCAACAAAGUGAAAAGCAUCUAGACAAAAUCUUGAAUGUCGAUGAAUUUGUAAGGCGUAUUUAUAGCGUGAUACAUUCCAAUGAUCCAGUUGCUAGGGCUUUGACUUUACGUACAUUAGGUAGUGUAGCUGGUAUCAUUCCAGAAAGACAACAGGUUCAUCACAGUAUAAGAAGAUCAUUAGACUCUCAUGAUUCGGUCGAAGUCGAGGCAGCAAUAUAUGCUGCACAAAUGUUUGCUGCGCAAUCAAAAUUGUUUGCUGUUUCUAUGUGCAGUAAAAUAUCUGACAUGAUCAGAGGUCAGGCAACACCAGCAUCAAUGAAAUUACAGCUUAUACCUAUUUUACAAUAUAUGCACCAUGAUACUUUUACAGCUUCAAUGGUAAAUGAACUAUGCAUGGAGCUUCUUGCUAGUUAUCCAGCAGUUGAAUUUGUUAGAGUUACAUUGAGUGCUUUAAGUACAUUAGCUUCUGCAACAUUAAUCGAUAUUCCACAACAAGUUGCACUUCUUUUACGUUACCUUCAAGAUGAUCCAAGAUUAUCUAUCAAACGUCAUUCUUUGUAUCUAUUACAUAGUUUAGCAAGGAAAGGGGCACAUCUGUGGCCACAAGGUGCCCUUAAUAAUUUAAUAGAAAGUACUACAACACUCUUACAAGAUGGUGCUGGCAAUAAAGAUCUCCUCAUUCGAACGUUAGAUGUGAUCGAGGUACUCAGUCAAAGUGCAGUAACAUGUGAUGCAAACAGAGAAGAAGGAAAUCCCCUUUUAUCUUUAUGUGUAAAUGCUUGUUAUUCCCCUAAUCCCUUUGUUGCAGUGAAAGCAAUUACAAUUUUAGCCAGAGUUGCAUGUUACUGCUACGAAGAAGAUUUACCAGCGUAUGGAAUACAAGAUGUUGUAUCUUGUCUCGAAUCCUUAAUUGUAUUGUUAGCUUUGGAUGACAAAUAUCUUCGUCAAUUAAGAGUAUGUCUACGUUCAACGGUAAAAUUGUGUCGAGCACAGCCCACUCAUUGUUCAGUAUUUGUUGAUGCUAUUGGCAGCACACUUUUCAAUACUAAUACAGAGAGUGGUCAAAGUGAACAACAGGCAGUUGCUUUGUGUGAAGCUUUAGGUGCUAUUGGGAGUUUAGGAGAAAAUACAUUACUUCCCCUUUUACCAGAUAUAUUGGUAAAACUUAAACAGACUUUGCACGUGCAUGCAAAGGUGAUGUUAUGCACGCUACUUUUUCAAAUGGUAGCUGGGGGCUAUGAAUGGAAUACAGAAUGCAUGGAAGCGGUAGAAGAAGUUAUUAGAAACGUAGAUGGUUGGGCGAAGUAUCGAAUUGCACGUAGCGCUGCAAGAUACGGUCAUCACACUAUAGCAACUCAAAUAUUCAGAAGCUUAAAAGAAACAGUAGCGUCCGAGCAAUUACACUUCUGGUUAUCUGGUUUGGAAUUAGUCACAAAAGCUGAAAGCUAUCUUAUGGAAAAGACAGAAGAAGUAGAAAGUAAAGCCAGAGUACAUAUCGUGGAGAAGCUAAGCGGAGCUAUUGCGCGGUAUGCAAGUGCGUGUGCUUCGUUAAAAGCUGCUAGCACGCCAUUGCGAAGUUUACAAUUUGCUAGCGAGUAUUCGAAACUCCGUUGUGAAUUCCUCCAAGCAAUUGUUCAACUUUUACAUUCGUGCAGAUCUCUUUGCACUGCACCACCACCUGCUAUUGCAGUUACAGUGGUUCUCGCUACGAAAGAUGAUCUUCAACGGUAUGGACGUGUUACUCAUCAGCUGAGAAAAUCGGCUCAAGAGUUAAAAAAUUGCGCAGAAAAUUAUCAAAAGCUUUACCAAUCAGCUUUCGAUGCUGAUCCCGGUUCGUUGGCGAACAUAAAAGCAUUGCAAGAAAUGUGUCGCUUACUUGCAAGUAGCGUCGAACGUGUGUGUGGCGGAUCGGGAAUCUGCACAUACCAUCAAAGCGAGGUAAACUUUGAUUUUGGCGAUACCGUAGAAAUGCGUCAGUUGGCUCGUUGCUGCACGGAAUUGCGUCGACUAGCGCCCCUAUGGAUAGAUGAAAAUAAGACUGCCGCGAUCAGUCAUUCGCGUGUAAACUGUUUGAUUUCGCAAGUCAUGUUGCUGGCUGGAAGAAAAAUGAGAUUACCAAUACCACGGUAUUAUUUCCAAGCUUUGCAAGCGACCAGCGUUAAGUUGUCCGUUUCGCCACAGCCGCGUGUUCUUGGAGAACCAGUAUCUGUUCCUCAAGGUAGUCAGCUAGCAUUAAAGGUUGAAGGUGUACUGCGACAUGGUCGGCGAGCUUCUCUUUAUCGCUCCGUUGCUGCUGUUUGUAUUUCUAUUUCCACCAUGCCACCAUCGAAAAUCAAUUCGGAUCAAAAGGAUUCGAACGCGAACGAGUUGCAACAAACCGUUAUACCGCAUCGCGAGUUCUUCGCUUGCGAAUUUUUACUUUCGCUCGGAAGUCCGGGGACGGGAAUAACAGCAUGCGCGAGUACCACUGGUAAUGUGAACAACAACACUAAUACUGGCGGCGGACAAUAUCAAGUCACGGCGAGCGCGAGUAUUCUCGACAAGGAUGGGAACGUGUGGAAAUGUGGUCCGCGUUCCACGCUUCAAGUCAGGGUGCACGAAGAGCCGGCAAAAAGGAAGCUACCGUAA